AUGAACACAUUUAAUUUCUUUAAGAGAUGUUGGUCUAAUGUAUUCAGGAAAAAUGCAUUACAAAUAAAAAGUCGAAAGUUUGUUAGUACAAGAAAAGCUGUUGGAGGAGGGGGCGUAGGAACAAUGCUUUUAAUUUCACCUGUUUUAUUUGAACAAAAAAAUAAAGAAGAAGAAAAUUCUCCGAAAAGUGAAUAUAUAUUUAUGGCAGGAAAGAGUAUCGACUUUUUAACACAAAAAAUAUUUGAAAAUGAGUUUGGAACGUCUAUAUUAUAUUUAGCAUUUGUUGUUGCAUAUUUAGCAUUACUUGUUCAUGACAAUAAAAUAAAUUUAAUGGUUCAGAAAUUGAAAUUCAAAUAUUCCAAUAAUAUGUUUUCUAUUGGUCAUCCUAAUUAUAAGAAGUAUUUGCAUCAAAAUGGUAACAUGAAAAAGGAUUAA